AUGACUAUACCUAAUACUAACAGAGCAUUUUAUAAAAUAUUAAACGAUGAUGAUUCCUUGGCUGAAUUCGUUCGUGAACAUAAUUUAGUCAAAAAUGCUGAUCAACAUACAUGUCACUGUGGUUCUUCAAUGACCAAUGCAUCAAGGAAAAAAAAAUUAAAAGAUGGUACCAUUAAAGUAUAUCCAAUAAUGAGAUGUGACAACAGAUUAUGUCGUAAUCAGCUAAGUAUUCGAAAAGAUACAUUUUUCUCCUAUACUGAUGUUCUCGGUCGUCCUAAUUCGAAACUCGAGAUACGAACGAUACUGGAAAUGAUAUGGUUAUGGUGUCUAUCAACUCCGUCAACAGUUAUUGCUACCUUAGUUGAAGUUACAGAAGCAACAGUGGUCGACUGGACUAAUUUUUUGCGCCAGAUUUGUCAAGCGAAAUUAGAUGAUGCUUCACAAAUGGGAGGUAUUGGGGAAGUGGUUCAAAUUGAUGAAUCUCUAUUUCGUGGAAAACGAAAAUAUCACCGUGGACGACUUCUUCUUGGUGAUCGUAAUGUAAAUAAUGUAAAUAAUGUAAAUAAUGUUAAUAAUGUAAAUAAUGCAAAUAAUAAUAAUAAUGUUAAUAAUGUAAAUAUUAGUUCAAGCUCAAGUGAUGAAUCGGAUGUCGAUAAUGAUGGUACUCAAACAGCCAGAAGCCGUAAUUAUGGGACCCGAGUUGAUGGUAAGAAAUAUUCUACUUAGGCGAUUACCCAGGUCGAACAUUACUGUGCCAGUAAACGGCCGUACACAGUCGUUUACGAUGACGUGAACGGCCGUAUCCGUCGAAAUUACGACCGUAUACGGGCCGUAAAUAACCCGUUUGGUAUGCGCCGUAUUACGGUCGUGUGAGACCG